AUUACAACAAUAUAACAACUUUAUUAGCAAACAAAAGUCGUGAUUAAAAAAAAAUGAGGUUAUGUUAACCCAAAAGUGACAGACGGGCUAAAUGCUGCCGCUGCAACACUCAGACUUUUCUAGGACCUGCGCCCCCGUAAAAAACGUGCACCGGUUGUCACUUUUCGACUGCACAAAUUCUAACCUUGAAGCUUACACUUGCAGAGAGUGCACCUUCCAAACUCGACUAAUAUUUCUAUUCCAACAACAUCUAAAGUGCCACGAUAUUAAACAAGACAGUCAAAAUGGUCCCCCGAAGGGGGACAAUGCCCUCAACAAUUAUGUUUGUCAAGUGUGCAACUUUGACACUUAUUUUUCACUAAAGUGGCUCCAACAUGUCACUCAGUGUCCAAAAAACACUGAAACAAACUGCAGGAAGCACAAAAUUUUCAAACACUUGAGUGACAACGACAGCAUUUGGUAUCACUGUGUGAAGUGUCCAUACAAGGUUAAACGAAGGUCUGACUUGAAGGGUCUUUGUGUGGAUAGGAGGUUCAUGAGGUGGUACAAGUGUGGAAUGUGUCCAUACAAAACUAAACGUUUAGGUAAUUUGAAAAUGCACAUAAAUGCGCGACAUUUGAACGAAGGGGACAUCAAGUGGUAUAAGUGUGGAAAGUGUCCUUACAAAGCUAAAGACAACUCGACUUUGAAAAGACACAUCAAAGUGCGACAUUUGGGUGAAGAGGAUGUCAAGUGGUACAAAUGCGACAAGUGUCCCUACAAGUCCAAACUAAGUACUCCGUUAAAGCAGCACAUAAAUGCGCUUCAUUUGGACGAAGGGGACGUUCAGUGGUACGAGUGUCAACAAUGUGUGUUCAAAUCUAAGCGAAAAUCGUCGUUGAAUAGACACAUAAAUAAACGCCACUGA